AUGAUGCUUGGUGUUCCAACAGCAAGGUCUCUCUCCCGUUUUCACUCUCCCCUUCUAACAACAAUAUGUUUACGGGCUUUUUCAACAGAGGCAUCUCUUGACAAAGAGAGUGUGACGAACGAAAUCUUGAAGGAAUUUUGUGCCACCAUUGAAAAUGCUCCAGCAUCCAGUUCCAAAGUCUGCUACGCAUAUAUUGAUAAGAUUUGCAAGGCUGGAAACGUUUCCGCCGUAAGUCAAAUGCUACAAUUGUUAAAUGAAAAGAACAUUGUUGUCUCACUGAAUGUGUAUAAUCUCGUGUUAGUGGAAGCAAUUCAAAAUAAUGACAUUGAGCUUUCAUUUCAAGUGCUCAAGAAAUUAUUAUUGUCAGGCGAAUCCCCAAGUGCAACCUCUUGCGUUAAGUUUGCGCGGGCAUUCAGAAAUGUAAAUCAUUCUGUGGAGCUUCUUAGAUUUCUUAAAGAAAUUGUAUCAGAAACCAGUUGUUCAAGUAUAUCAUCAUUCAUAAACAAGAUCAUUUUUGCUUUUGCUAAAAGUGGACAGAAGGAUAGUGCUUUGGUGAUAUUCAGUCUUCUUAAAAGACAGAACGAUAGUGUUCUGGACUUGAUCACAUAUAAUAUUGUUCUAGAUAUCUUGGGUCGUAUGGGCCAAGUUGAUGAAAUGCUUGAUCUGUUUGCGUCGUUGAAAAAAGCAGGUUUCGUCCCCGAUACUAUUUCUUACAAUACUCUAAUACAUGGACUGGGAAAGGUUGGAAGAUCUGAUCUGUGCUUUGCGUAUUUUGAGGAAAUGAAGGAGAAUAAAAAUCAACCGAAUUUGCUUACAUAUACUGCUUUAAUUGAUACUUUGGGCGGAGCAGGAAAUAUUGAGGAAUCACUGAAACUCUUCAGGGAGAUGAAACUGAAGGGGAUUCUUCCUUCAAUUCAAAUAUACAGAUCAUUAAUCCAUAAUUUAACUAAAAUAGACAAGAUUGAGUUGGCAACAGAACUUUUAGGAGAGAUGAAUUCUUCAUCGACCGUUUUUCCUGGCCCAACAGAUUUCAAGACAAAAAGAAGGCAAAGAAAGGUUUGA